AUGGAAUUGAUGAAAUCUUUGUUAGAGAAGUUUUUAUUAUCUCUAUUGGUAACUUCGGUUUUGACGGUUACCUUUGAAGACACACCGACUGAAAGUAAACAUGGAAAAGUCAAUUUCGAAAUCAAUGAUUUUCGAGAAUCACGAACGAACUCAAACAACACCCGCCAGGGAAAAAAUUUGUUUGACUGGAUCGGAUUCGGUACCGGUCAGCACGUGGAUCCUUACAUCGCCAAAAUGAACGAGAAUUGUUUAGGCGGAGAUUUCGCGGAAUGUUUCAAAUCACGUGCCAUAAACUCGCUGUCGGAGUUUUUCCAGCAGCAUGAAUAUUAUUUAAAUGACAAUGUAAGGGUUGUCAGAAUGGGGCGAGAUUUGGUGCAGGAAGUUAAUCGGCAGCCGUUCGAAUAUACUAGCUCACCAAGGUCAGAUGAUAGCGAAUGGGAUCAAUUAGUGAAAUUUGUCGAAAGAAAAGCCGAAAAAUUUUUGAAAACGGUAGCUAUUGAAGUUAAAAUACCGUCAUCGGAAACGGGUGAAAAUGAAGUAUAUUCACCGCGGUUUUUGGAUGAAAUUGCUGAUGAAUUAGAUACGCUUGAAAAUAAAAAGGAUACACUUUUUUCACGCAAUCGCCUAAAAAAAUUAUUAAUACCAAUGUUGAUAAUUUUGAAGCUCUUUAAACUAAAACUACUUCUAUUUUUACCGCUAAUCCUGGGUCUGGCGUCCUUCAAAAAAUUCUUGGGAUUCUUGGCGAUAGUGAUACCAGGUGUGAUAGCAUUUUUCAAAUUCUGCAAGCCUCUGAUGAAUAAUUACCAGCCACCAGUGUACUCACAAAGUGGAAUUGGUUUUCCUCAUUACAAGGACUCGAGUAGUUCUGGAUUUUCUGAAGAUCAUUAUCAUGAACCUAGUUACCAUAAUUAUCAGCCAGAUGCGAAUUCAUACGGUUCGAACCUAGCUUACUCGGGUUACAAGCCCUAUUAA